CCCAGAGCUUGAAGCCCACACAUUUAAACAAUAUACCUCUAUUUUGCCAUGAUUAGCUUAAAGUUUUUGGCCCUGUUGUUUCUCUUACCUUCCAAGCUCCUCUACCAGACUAUCCUCUACUUCACCGUCGGCUCUAAUUUUGCAUGUAAAGACAUUAAGACACUUCUCCACAGCGUCGCCUCCAACCACAUUCUGGACUAUGUCGCUGCAUCCGAUUUAAUCGGUGUCUCCGGCCGCAAAGUGACCAUUGACCAAACGCUCGCAGGGGUGAAAAAGACCCUUACCACCGAAGGGCACUUGCCCUCCAACUUUGGAAAGAUGUAUCUGGGUUCUAAACAUGGUAGAUCCCAUUGGAUUGUAGAAGCCCCCGAUAGAACUACGGCUGAUCCAGUAGUGCUCUACCUCCACGGCGGUGGUUUUCUCUUUCCCACCUUCGACACCCAGCUCAAAGCCUUGGUCCAUAUCCAUCGAGGGUUGCAAAACGAUCGCUUAUCCAUCCUUCUGGUGGAUUAUUCGCUUUCGCCAGAGGUUCUCUUCCCGGGUGCGAUCAACCAGGUGGCCCAUAUCUUUCAUAAACUAGUGGUGCAAGAAGGCAACACCAAUAUCUGGCUAAUGGGUGAUUCGGCCGGUGGGAACAUGUGCGUGGUGUUACUCAAACAUAUCCACUCACCUAUCAAUGCCAUUACUACCGUCAUCCCGGAAAGGUUUAGGCCACGCGGGGCAAUCCUCAUCUCUCCCUGGCUCAAUCUCGAUCCUAAACCUGUCGGAUCGUACCUUAGAAACGCCAAGACCGAUAUUCUUACUUUCGGCAUGUAUCGCAUUUUUAGUGAGAUGUACCACCCAGACACCCAGCUCAGACGGACCUUGCCUAUCAGUCCAUUCUACUCACAGUCAUCGGACUGGGAAGGCGUAUUGCCUGGAAUGCUAUUGGUUUUGGGCGGUGAGUCUGAGGUAAUUGUGGAUGAGCUUCUCAGGUGGGUGGAGAUUGCAAAGAUUGACCGUUCUUCGUUGGGUAUCCAGCCUCGAGGAAUGCACGAUGAGUUUAUGCUCUACACCGAGACCUUUGAGAGUUACAAGGAAAGCUAUGCGUACACUGCCAUCACGAAAUUUCUCAAGGAUAAUUUAUAAAUGCCUGAUGGGUUAGAGAUGCAGAAGGAAUGAAACAUUGGAGAAUGAAUUAUGGGAGCUUUCAUGUAAGUACAUGGUAUAGGGUGCAUUAUUUCGAUAUCCAAGAAAGGACUGGGGGUAAACAUUGGGAAUGAGGUUAUAUUUGCUCGAAAUAGUCGAUUUGAAUAUCGGGGUGACCACCCUGAAAGUAUUGGUUGGCCAUUUCGUGUUCAAGAGUGAUUU